UUAGUGUUUGCUUUAUCCUUUCUUGUUGGAUGAAUGAAUGCUUCCCGAGCAACACCGUUCAUUGCGUGACGAGCACUCGGUCAGUCGGUAGCUGUCGGUGCCGUAGGCGUUGAAGCACCGAAAGCGUAGCUAAACAUCGUCGAAUUCUACCUUUCCCUUUAGGUGAUUGGCUAACUUUCCUGAUGACUUUGCCGUGAUAGUUUUCAUUUUACCUAAGAAGGUUUGGUGACUACAUGUAAAACUCUAGUAUUACUAUCCCCGAAAUUUCACCAUUUAGGUUUGUUGACUGUCAAUCGAAUGUCAUCGUCAAUUUCGUGAUUCAGUUUGUUUGUUUUUCAUCGCAUUUGUCACAUUCGCCGUGUGAAGGGAGCAAGUACCAUAACCAAAAUAGUGCUCUGUUGCUGCAGAAGUGAUACAUAGAAGGCAGACUGUGGCAGAUUUAUGAUUGAAACGUCACAGGCAAUAACCAUAGAAUAAUGACGAGUGGAAUUUUGGCAAUUUUCUGGCGGUUCUUCCACUGGGGACCCCUGACAGCCAUAAGCAUCAUCAAAUCGAUCACCUUCAUGACCCUGUACUUGAACGCCAUGUGGUGGCCUCCUAAUCGGUCGUUUGGAGGAUUCCUAAAUCAAACCAUCUUCCUGAUGCUGUCCGCCAGUACCGGGUUCAACUUUGUGAUGGCAUCGCUGGUGGGGCCCAAGUUCCUGCCGCUGCGGUGGCGUCCCAAGAACCCCGAAGAUGAACAGUUCCUACAGUACUGCGGCACCUGUGAGGGUUUCAAAGCUCCCCGGUCGCAUCACUGCCGGAAGUGCGAUCGCUGUGUGAUCAAGAUGGAUCACCAUUGUCCAUGGAUCAACCACUGCGUCGGUUGGGGCAACCAUGCGUACUUUACGUGCUUCCUGGCGUUUGCUGUGGUGGGAUGCAUCCACGCCACGGUGAUUUUAUGCGGAGCACUUUACGCAGGAUUGCACCGGGAUUGGUACGUGUACUACGGACAGUACUCGAAGGCGACCGUGUAUCUGGGGCUGUGGAGUUUGAUCCUGGGGGUAUUCAACGUGGGGCUGGCGAUCGGGGUUAUCAUCGCUGUUGGAAUGUUGCUUUUCUUCCAAGCACGAGCUAUAGUUAACAAUCGCACCGGGAUCGAGGAUUGGAUUCUGGAGAAGGCACAACACCUGCGGGAGGGCACAGACCACACGUUCCAGUAUCCGUACGAUUUGGGAAAGUGGAAGAAUGUUAAACAGGUGGCCAGCUGGACUUGUGCCCCAGUAGGUAAUGGGAUCGAGUGGGUGGUAGCGGAGGGAUGCGAUCAGUUCACGUUAACUCGUGAGCAACUGCUGCAGAAAUCGGCGAAGAGAGCUCGAACGCGGACUUACUCUAUUCUUAAACCGGUCUCCGGUAGUUGGGUCCCUUUGUGGUCCCAAGGAUGCCGAGUUUGUCUCAGUCCUCCAUUGACGGAUGAAGCUCGAAUUAAGCUGGAUGUUGGUGAUAAAGUGCGUGUUACACGCUGGCGGAAACAUUGGCUAUUUGGAGAAAAGAUAUUCGAAGAGAUUGAAGAACCCAAAAACGGCACCAAGAAGGACAAGAAGAAGAAACAGCCGAAAUCGCAACAACAGUCUGAACCCCUAACCGAAACGCACAAACUACCUCGAAUACGGGGGUGGUUCCCGCGGCAGUGUGCCGUUGAACUAGUCGAAGAUGAUGAUGAAGUCGAACAGCAACAGCAUUUUAACGACAAAAAGAAACAUAAAUAGGAUGUUAAAGAUGGCACUGUUCUGGAUUGGUUCCGAAGAAGAAAAAAAAUGCCCUUCAAUCCAGUCCGAAGUUUACGAGAAAGUAUUUUUUUGUGAAGAGACAAAACGCAAAGCCUUUGCUGCUGUUAAUCAUUUUAUACGAUAACAGAAAUAAAUGUGUAGCUAUUUGUGUCAAGAAA